UUGCACAUAACUCUACUAUGAGUUAAAAUAUAUAAAUUAACGUUAAGCUAUGUAAAAAAGGCUUUCACAUUCACAAGGAAAAAUAGCAAUCAAUCAUUAGUUUAGCUAAAUCCAAUUUCCACACCUUUUCAUGCUUACCUAAUACUAAAUGUACAAUUUGAUUCCUCUAAGAAUAAUGUGAUAUUGAAUUAAAAAACAAAACCCUAAAUUACAUAAUUACAAAAAUUAAUAGUAUAAUCAAACAAUUAACCAAGAGAGAAUCCCUUUCUCCUUACACAUUCCAAUUCAGUAAAACAUUCCUUGUAAACACACCCCAAGAAAGGAAGAUUGCAACUAAAGAGAGAAAAAGUAAACAAACUAAUCUUCAUAUAUUUUUAGAAAAUAUAAAAAUUAAAAUCACUAAAUAAGACUAAUAUAUAAAACCAAAUACAUAUAUAAUAAUAAAUAAAAAAAAAAAAAAAACUCACUUUUGCUUUAAGAGAGCAAUAUUUCUUACAUAUCCCACCACUUAACUUUAACUUUGUUGGUAGUAAGACUAAUUGUUUGCCAAAAACAACAACAUUCAUUCUUAAUAGAAUCUUACUUCCGGGCAGCUUUGCUUGACCAUUCGGUCAGCCGGGCAGCUCUGUUUUCGCUGACCUGGUCGUUUUGCUUUAAAGAGGUAAAGCAAAACGACAUUACUCCUUUCUUUAUCAUUCCUUGGGCCCUUGCCCCCCCUCUUCUCGUUGUGUUUAGGAUUCAAUUCUAUUAUGGCCCACCAAAAAAAAAAAAAAAAAAAAAAAGAAAGCAUGGGAAAAUCUCAUUCUUCUUCAUCCAAUUACACUUUAUUCUGUUCAAAAUGCUUUGAUUUUACCAAUAAAAACGAGCUUUCCUUUUUUCUUUGGUUUGUUAUUUUCUCCCUCUAAAGUUUCUCUCACUAGAAUUUCUACAAGUAGAAGUAGUACUGAAAUUUUUUAUUGCGGCAUUGUUUUGUUUUUAAGUUAAAACCCCAUCAAUCUUAUUAGUUCCUCACGCAUUAAAGUGUGUUCAUUCUUUGUUGUCUCUCUCUACUUUCUCUCUCUAAAAAGAAUUUUUCACACAAAAAAUAAUUAUUUUCCAUUUAUUUGGUAAACACUUGUGGGAAUUUUAGUGGGUUUUUAUUUUUGUAAACUUGGGUAUCAUUUUUCUACAUUAUAUUAUAUUAUAUGAGAGAGACAAAAUAAUUAAGGUAAUAAUUACCAUAAUUAGAGAGUAUUUUUGAAGAAAGAGUGAGGUGGGAGGGGGAGUAGGUUGAACAAAGAGCUGUAUGAAGAAUUGGUGAUACAAUGAGAGAUGAAAAACCCAAGAAAAGCAAGCUUUGGUGGUCGAAGUCUUUGAUUAAAAAAUGGUUCAAUAUCAAGACUAAAUGCGAGGAAUUUCCUGUUGUUGAUGAUCUUGCUUAUGGAGGAGGUGAAGUGGAGUGGAGAAGUAGCUUCUCAGAGAGGGAGCCAUGUAAUAUCAAGAAAAGCAAAACAGAGAAAUUCAACAUCAACUCAGAUCGGAUACGACUUGGCAAAGAAUAUCUUGAGCAUCCUAGGAUCAUAGAUGUCCAGAAUCAUAGUGUUUUUGUAGCAACAUGGAAUGUGGGUGGAAAAUCACCACCGAGUAAUAUGAACCUUGAUGAUUGGCUUCAUGCCUCACCUGCUGCUGAUAUCUAUGUUCUUGGAUUUCAGGAAAUUGUGCCCUUAAAUCCAAGCAACAUAUUAGGAGCUGAAGAUAAUGGUCCCGCAAAAAAAUGGGUCAACCUAAUAAGAAAGACAUUAAAUAACCGUCCUGGAAUAUGUGGAAGCAGUGGUAAUCAUACUCCGUCCCCUGUUCCUAAUCCAGUUGUAGAAAUAAAUGCGGAUUUUGAAGGGUCUGGCCGCCAUAGAGCUGCAUCUUUCCUCCCUCGCCGAUCAUUUCAAGCCACAGGAAGUAGGAAGAUGGACAAUGACCCUUCCACAUCACAGCCUCGACUUGAAAGGCGUUAUAGUGUUUGUGACCGAGCUAUAUUUGGCAACAGACCGAGUGAUUAUAGGCCAAGCAAUUGCAGACCGAGUGAUUAUAGACCAAGUGAUUACAGACAAAGUGAUUAUAGGCCAAGUGACUACAGGGCAAGUGAUUAUAGAGCAAGUGAUUAUAGACCUAGUGACUACAGGCCCAGUGAUUACAGGGCAAGUGAUUAUAGGCCUAGUGAUUUCAGGCCAAGUGAUUUUUCUAAAUGGGGUUCAUCUGAUGACGAUUAUGGUCCAGGUGAUUCACCAAGCACAGUAUUAUUUUCACCAAUGUCAUGUGGUGGAUCUACCCAUAGUGACAUCUGCUACCGACAGCCUAAGCAAUCACGGUACUGCUUGGUGGUGAGCAAGCAAAUGGUAGGGGUAUUUCUCACAGUAUGGGUCAGGAAAGAUUUGAGAGAGCAUGUGAGAAAUGUGAAAGUCUCUUGUGUUGGUAGAGGAUUAAUGGGUUACCUUGGAAAUAAGGGUUCCAUUUCAGUCAGCAUGUUGUUGCAUCAGACCAGCUUCUGUUUUGUCUGCAGCCAUUUAACCUCAGGACAGAAAGAAGGCGAUGAGCUGCGCAGAAAUGCUGAUGUCAUGGAGAUCCUGAGGAAGACAAGGUUUCCACGCGUCAGUAAUGUGGGUGAUGAGAAGUCCCCUGAAACGAUUGUUGAGCAUGAUCGAGUUAUUUGGCUUGGGGAUCUAAAUUAUCGGUUAACACUCCCAUAUCGGUCAGUUAGGGCACUUGUUGAGAUGCAAAAUUGGAGGGCAUUGCUAGAAAGAGACCAGUUGCGUACAGAACAAAGAAGAGGCCGUGUAUUUAACGAGUGGAAAGAGGGAAGUAUAUAUUUCCCACCAACUUACAAGUAUUCUCACAACUCAGAUAGAUAUGCAGGGGAUGACCUGCAUCCUAAGGAGAAAAGAAGAACACCUGCUUGGUGUGAUCGAAUAUUGUGGUACGGAAAUGGCCUGCACCAGUUGUCUUAUGUCCGCGCUGAGUCAAGGUUUUCAGAUCACAGACCAGUUUACAGUAUAUUUUGGGCCGAGGUGGAAUCGAUCCCGGCCAGAUUAAGGAGAAGCAUGAGUUGUGCUAGUUCCAGAGUAGAAGUUGCUGAUCUCUUGCCUUACUCACAUGGCUAUACCGAACUUUGCUUUUUCUGAGGAAUUGAGUUGAGCAAAAGACAUCAUCAAAAUGAUCAAGCUCAGAUGCUACUCCAUCACUGCCAUUCAGAAUAUUUUACUGGCGGGAAUAGCUUUGAACAAACUCAAUUCCUUGACAUGAUGCAGACAUUUCCUUGCUCAUUGUUCGAAAAAGGUGUAAAUUUUGCAAUUUUGUAAACAAGAACAACACUCGAAAUUGUACAUAAGUACGGGGUUAGUAUUCAAGCUAACAAGAUUCAACACGAACAACUUUUUGCUGACCAAGCUAAUCAAUUUAGGGUAUUCCUUUAUUUUUUUGUAAUUUUUUUUUGGGUGAAGUUUGAUUUUUUCCGACUAUGAUUUAGUGGGGUCUCCUUUUAUUUUUUUUUUCUUUUUAUGAUUUAGAAAAAAAGAGAUAGGAGCUUAGUGAUUUGAUUAGGCAUUCGUUGUGAAAGUGAUGGAAAAUCGAUAGAAAAAUAUUAUUUAUCUAGUACAAGUUUAAUGAUAGUGAGAUAUUAAGAUUUUUAUUUUAAUUAAAUUAUAUAAGUAUAUAAUAUGGUAACUAAUCAUUUCCCUGAAAAAGGUUGGGUAUUCUCUUGAUUAUCCCCCAAAGUCCACUGCUUCUGUGUGUGUUUGCUUUGCCUUUUGCUUUUCCCGCGAGGGUCCCCAACACCCUUGAAAAGCACUAGACAGCGUUACAGGUUUUGGCACCAAAAUCUGGAAACUCAUUAUUUCUCUAUUUUUAC